UGUGUGGACAGGACUGGAACGUUUGCAAGCUUCAGGCCCUCAACCUGUGCCUGGCGGAGUUCUCUUUCGGUAAAUGGCUUCCUUCGCGCUGGAGCCAGAAUCGUGGCAGCCUUUGGUCUGUGCCGGGAUCCCCAGGCCCUCCAGAGGGACUGCUCUACCCAGAUAUCAAUCGGCUGCCUUCUCUCUCUGGGCAGCUGGUGGGCACGGAGGAUGCUCUUCUGCAGCAGCUGGCCGAUUCCAUGCUCAAGGAGGACUGCGCCUCCACGCUGAAGGUCCACUUGGCACAGUCUCUUCCUCUGCCCUCCGAUGUGAAUCGCCCCCGAAUUGACCUGAUUGUGUUCGUGGUCAACCUUCACAGCAAAUACAGCCUUCAGAAUGUGGAGAAGUCCUUGCACCAUGUGGAUGCCACCUUCUUCCUGGGGAAGGUGGGCUUCCUCGCCACAGGCGGUGGAAAGCUUCCGAGCCACCAUGGCGCAGCGCCUGGUACGCAUGCUGCAGAUCUGCGCUGGUCACGUGCCGGGCAUCUCGGCCCUGAACCUGCUGUCGCUGAUGCGCAGCUCAGAGAACCCCUUCCUGGAGGACCUGUGAGGCCGUGGGGCUGCCCUGCCCACGGCCUGAUCCCUGGUCGUCGGGACCAUUCACUGUUGCUGAAGACCAAGUCAGGGCUUGACAGGCCCUGGGUCAGUGGUCACCUCCCUGCAGGACCCAAACUCCUCUGUGCUCCAGCCGGCAGUGCUUGGGACGGAGGAGCCCAGCUGGUGGGACCCGCUCACUCCCGCAGAGCCCUGUGUCUUUAUCCAUCUGACGCGUUCCAUCUCCACUUAAGACUUCAUUUGAACAAAGGGCCUGUGGCUAAAAACAGUUGGAAAAUCAUUGGUCUCAUGCACCACUUUGAUUUUGCUGAUGAACUGACUCAGAGCAAUUAGGAGUGGGGUGGGGGAGGGGCACUUGGCGCCCAUGAGCUCCAUCUGAUUCCACGACCGACCGGGCUUUGCCGUUCUUAGAGAACCUGGUUGUUGCCUCUUGGAGCCUCAGUUUUCCCAGGUCAAAGUGAAGAACGUUAUACUUUGUCUUGUGGGGACUGAAUGAAAUGACAGGUGAAGUGUCCGAUUUAUCAGGUGUUACCCCCUGCGUUUGCUUGUAUGUUGAUGGUUUCAUCAUAAGUUAAUACCUCACACAGUGCCAGGUAAGCACUCAGUGAACAGUGACUAUUAUUUAAAAUUACACAGAGCUAAGUUCAAAAACCGGCGUGAAUCCAGGA